UGAUUUGUCAUUUCAAGGGCUUGGGGUUGUCUCUCUCUCUGCAGAUGAAACCUUGGCCGUGAUUGACAGCAAGGCUGUUUCGGCCUGCUCUAUUGCCGUUGACAGGUAAUAAUGAAGCUUUGUCAGUCCCUAAUGGACAUGGAUAUGCCCGACUAUGUCGAGUCCCUGGACUCCUCUUACACCAUGCUGGAGUUUGAAAACCUGAGAGUGCUUCCCAAUAACACGGAACCGAUAGCUGCAGAAUCAUCCAAUGCCAGCCUGCUUGCCGGCAGCAUCAGCUCCAUUUGCUCCAUCUGUGGGGACCGCGCCACUGGGAAGCAUUAUGGAGCCUCUAGCUGCGAUGGCUGCAAAGGGUUCUUCAGAAGAAGCGUCCGCAAGAACCACGUCUACUCGUGCAGGUUCAGCCGGCAGUGUGUGAUCGAUAAAGAUAAGAGGAAUCAGUGCAGGUACUGCAGACUGAAGAAGUGUUUCAGGGCAGGGAUGAAGAAAGAAGCUGUACAGAAUGAACGGGACAGGAUUAGCAUUCGCAGGAGUAGCUAUGAGGAUAAUGGGUCGCUGUCAAUCACUGUCCUGACUCAGGCGGAGACUAUGGCACAACAGUACUCAGCGCUGAGCCCAGUACACAGUGCUGAUAUCGCUAUGAAGAAGGUGGCCACAAUCAAUGAUGUGUGUGAGUCUAUGAAACAGCAACUUUUAGUCCUCGUGGAAUGGGCCAAAUAUAUCCCAGCUUUCUGUGAGCUGCCGCUGGAUGACCAGGUUGCCUUGCUCAGAGCCCACGCCGGGGAACACCUGCUCCUGGGAGUUGCUAAGCGGUCGAUACCGUAUACAGAUUUCCUAUUAUUAGGGAAUGACUUCAUCAUCCCGAUGCACUGCCCAGAGAUGGAAAUUGCUCGCGUAGCCAUGAGGAUCCUGGAUGAGCUGGUGAAACCCCUCCGGGACAUUCAGAUCGACGAUAAUGAGUAUGCUUGCCUCAAAGCCAUCAUCUUCUUUGACCCAGAUUGCAAAGGCCUGAGUGAGUCCGGGAAGGUGAAGAACAUGCGAUUCCAGGUACAGGUUAACCUGGAGGACUACAUCAACGACCGGCAGUACGACUCCCGAGGGAGGUUCAGCGACAUCCUUCUCCUCCUGCCGCCGCUGCAGAGCAUCACUUGGCAGAUGAUUGAACAGGUCCAGUUUGUGAAACUCUUUGGCGUGGCGCGGAUUGACAGCUUGCUGCAGGAGAUGCUUCUGGGAGGGACCACUAUUGAUGUCCAGUACCAACCGGGACCUGCCAGCCUCAGCCUGGAGCCUCUCCCCGGACACGUCCUGCCAGGCAGCAUGAGCUCUGUGAUUCACGCUCCUCCACACCCAUCUCCUGAAACUUCCCUCCCUUCUCCUUCUACCAGCACAGGAAGUGAGGAUUACAAGCUAGGCUCGGGCGCCAUGCCGGAGGCCGUAGUGCAGCUGCUGCCGCAGACAGUGAUACCAAAGCAGGAGAUCUUAUAAAAGGGAAGAUGCCAAGAAAAAUACCAAGCCCCCCUGUGGAGAUGGAGACCAACCCUUGCUUUCUGCAGUGCAAUUGCCUGCUUUUAACGAGAUUGCAUAACGCUGUACCUCACCAGUCACCCUCUUUACAGAAGCAGCUCAGACACGAAUCUGUUAUUCAUUUUAGUGGACCCAGGACUGUAAAGCUCCUUGAUGCAGAGACUUUUCGCUUCACCUAGCACCAUAGGGCCAUCACCUCAUGGGGGCCUUUAUGCACUUCUGUAAUAAAAAUAUAUAUAACUUUCUGGUCGCUGACGAGUAUAUACCCCUCAAAUUGGCAGAAUGAGGUCUGUUUAUUAAAAAUAGUACACUCCCAUCUCCCCUGCUGCAGGUCGAGCUAAAUGAAGAAGCCUGUCUGCAGUGCUCUUCAAAUCCAUAGGAGGAAUCAAAACUUCCUUAUCCCACGGAUCCGGUAUUGCAGCAGUUUUUAUACUGUGGUUUAGUAAUGUGUAAUGCUGGUGAAUUAUUAGUCAUAAACCUUACUUAGAUGUGAUUAGGAAUGCCAUGGUCUCAACAAUGCAGUCAUUUGUUCCAUAUUUUAAUGACCAGAGUCCAUAUUUGGUCUCUAAAAACAUCCAGGGGAAGGGUAAAAAGUGGUCUUUAUUUUGAUCCUGAACCAAGCCUACUGCGCUCUAUGAAAGGAAGGAUGAGUUUCUCUCUCUAGAGUCAAACUAACUGCAUCUCUGCACUCGCAAUGCUGCUUUUACCUAUCCAACAUGCUGUCGAGACCAUUAAGUAGGACUUCUGUGCAUCAAAAUGUCAUAGGUACUACAAUUAUGCUGAGGCGAGUAAGCUUAUGGAACCACCUUUGAAAGGCAGGUUGACAGAGAUUUGGCAAAUUAAUUCUCUUGUACGCCCUCUUUUUCAGACCAACUCAUGUAGGACUUUAUUAACUGUAUUGUGUUAAACAAUAUUCAUUGCUCAGUACUUAGUAACACAAAGCUUUGCAUGCUAAGUGCGGAGAAGUUUUAUGUUAUAAUUAGCCAUAGGAUUUAACAAAACACUUGGGUUCACCAAGAUGCAACUACUUCCAGCCUUCCAAAUAUUUACAUUUAAAAAAAAAAGAAACCGAUCUAGACUACCUUGUUUGCCUGCCUCAAUUGCCUGGUAGUACAGUAGGGCUAAGGACAGAAGUUACACAUAAACUGGUUUAAGUGAUCAGAAACCGGUUUAAACCUGGAACAGAACAGAAGUUCAGUGCACAUAAAUGAGUUUCAAAAUGGCUGAAAUUAGUUAAAAAUAAACCUGGUUGAAUGUACUUAACUGAUUUAGGUCUAACUGUUUUAUGGAACUUCUGCCCCAGACCCAGCCGCAACGGGUUUAUUUUUGUUAAGGUCGAUGAAUUCAUCGACCUUGACUGAAGGAGCAUCGCUGGGCUUUUAGUUGCAAUACAAGAGCAGCUAAGAGGAUUCUUUCCCUGCUCUGUGACCUUGGAUAACUCUUUAAAGCCUUAUCUCUUUUCUCCUGAAAUGCAAGAGGGAUAAACGACCACAGCCACGAGUAGUAGUUCACGUACGCUCGGAAAGCCCCUCAGGAUCCUAGGAUGGAGGACACAAAGUCUGUCAAUCAAGGAGACUGCAUUUCCUAUCUGGCUGAAGCGUCAGCAAAACAUCUCUUGUCAAGUGCAUGCCAAAUGCCCGUUGUUACAACAGUUAUGGGGACGGUUUAAAGAACAUUGCCUACUAUUGGAAAGAAUGUCGUUUCUCCCCUUUUUCACGCAUGGUUUUCAGGUCUUCCCUAGUGCUUCAGAAAAAGGGUAUUGAAGGAUUAAAUGUCAACCAUGUUCAAAAGUUGCAGCAUGUGCAUUUUACUUGCUGGUCAAAACUGGGCUUAAACUAUAAGAUGACAGAGAACUCUGAUUUAAAACAUCUGCAUUUGGAAAAAAAAAAUCCUGCAGCAACAUUUUUUCCAUAGUGGGGGGAAAAGGGCAUCAUCUUGUAUUAAUAUAGCAAUUUUCCCCAUGUACAUUCUCCGAUUUAAGGAAAAUGAGUGCAUUGAAAUAAAUAUGCUGUACCUAAAUAUAAACCUAUAAAAUUAAUCAUGCCAUUUUUAAAAAUUGUGCCAUAUUACUGAAUUAAAGCUCAAAUGGACAGGG